CGUGCUCGGCGGAGGCAGCCGAUGUUUCCCGAAGGGAGGGACUGAGGGGCGUCGAGCUCGGCGGACGCAGCCGAUGUUUACCGAAGGCAGAGUCGCCCGAGAGCAAAGGGGACAGAGGGGACGGAGCGCGUCGGAAAGAGCCGGAAAGAGCCGACGUUGACCGAGCGCGGCGUCGCCCGAGUUCCCCGGAUGUAGUUGGAGCGGCGGCGGCGGCGGGCGCGGCGGGGGGAGGCGGUGGCCGAGUCGGUGCUCCCGGUGUGUCUCAGCGCGCGCGGGGCCGAGCUGCCGGCGUCUCCCCUCUCGAGGCGAUGGGCCCGUGAGCGCCGCUCCAGCCGAGCUGCCCGAGCCGCCCCCUUCCCCCGCCCCUGCCCCCGGAGCGCUGCCGCCCCCGCCUCCCCCUUCGGCGCCUGUGGCCCGGCCGUGGCCGUGCCCUCCUGGUCCCCUCACCCUCACACACACAGGCCGGGCAUUGAUGGUAAUGUAUGCGAGGAAACAGCAGAGACUCAGUGAUGGCUGUCACGACCGCAGGGGGGACUCGCAGCCCUACCAGGCUCUUAAGUACUCAUCCAAGAGUCACCCCAGUGGUGGUGAUCAUCGUCAUGACAAGAUGCGAGACACCACAGAUCCUUCACCACCAAAUAAAAUGCUGCGGCGCUCUGACAGCCCUGAAAACAAAUACGGUGACAACACAGGGCACAGUAAAGCAAAAAGUGUGCAUACUCACAGAGUUAGAGAGAGGGAUGGUGGGACCAGUUACUCUCCACAAGAAAAUUCACACAACCACAGUGCUCUUCAUAGUUCAAAUUCACAUUCUUCUAAUCCCAGCAAUAAUCCAAGCAAAACUUCUGAUGCAGCUUAUGAUUCUGCAGAUGAUUGGUCUGAACACAUCAGCUCUUCUGGCAAAAAAUAUUAUUACAACUGCCGAACAGAAGUUUCACAAUGGGAAAAACCAAAAGAGUGGCUGGAAAGAGAGCAGAGACAAAAAGAAGCAAGCAAAAUGUCAGUUAACAGUUUUCCAAAAGAUAGGGAUUACAGAAGAGAGGUGAUGCAGGCGUCAGCUGCCAGUGGGUUUGCCAGUGGAAUGGAAGACAAGCAUUCCAGUGACACCAGCAGUAUGCUCCCACAGAAUAUAUUAUCUCAAACAAGCAGGCACAAUGACAGGGACUACAGACUGCCAAGAGCAGAGACUCACAGUAGUUCUACUCCAGUACAGCAUCCCAUCAAACCAGUGGUUCAUCCUACUGCUACCCCAAGCACUGUUCCUCCUAGUCCAUUUUCUCUACAAUCUGAUCACCAGCCAAAGAAAUCCUUUGAUGCUAAUGGAGCAUCUACUUUAUCAAAACUGUCUACAUCUACAUCUUCCAUCCCUGCACAGAAAACAGAGAGAAAAGAGUCUGCAUCUGUGGACAAGUCUGUAUCCCAUUCUUGCACAACUCCUUCUACAUCUUCUGCUUCUGGACUGAAUCCAACUUCUGCGCCUGCUUCAUCUGCUCCUACAGUUCCUGUUUCACCUAUCCCACAAUCACCAAUUCCUCCAUUACUUCAGGACCCAAAUCUCCUUCGACAGCUGCUGCCUGCUCUGCAAGCCACCUUGCAGCUUAAUAAUUCUAGCGUAGAUAUAUCCAAAAUCAAUGAAGUUCUAACAGCAGCUGUGACACAAGCCUCUCUGCAGUCUAUACUCCAUAAAAUUCUUACUGCUGGACCAUCUGCUUUCAAUAUCACCUCCCUAAUUUCUCAAGCUGCACAACUGUCUACGCAAGCUCAGCCAUCUAAUCAGUCUCCAAUGUCUUUAACAUCUGAUGCCUCAUCACCAAGAUCAUAUGUGUCUCCAAGGAUAAGCACGCCGCAGACUAACACUGUUCCACUUAAACCUUUGAUGACUACACCACCAGUAUCAUCCCAGCAGAAGGUUGCUACUCCAGGUGUUAAACAAGGACCAGCUUCCCAGGCAGCACCUCAGCAGCCAGUAAUAGCUGACAAGCAGGCGGGUCAUGAACCUGCCUCUCCACGAAGUCUUCAGCGUUCAAGUAGUCAAAGAAGUCCAUCACCAGGUCCAAAUCAUACCUCUAGCAGUAGUGCAUCAAACUCAACACCUGCGCCACAGAAUACAUCUGUACGACCCACAUGUUCAUUAACACCCACGCUAGCAGCACACUUCAAUGAAAACCUUAUAAAGCAUGUUCAAGGCUGGCCUGCAGAUCACGCAGAAAAGCAGGCAUCAAGAUUACGUGAGGAAGCCCAUAACAUGGGAAGUGUGCAUAUGUCAGAAAUUUGUACUGAAUUAAAGAAUUUAAGGUCUUUAGUUCGAGUAUGUGAAAUUCAAGCAACUUUGCGUGAGCAAAGGAUACUAUUUUUGAGGCAACAAAUUAAAGAACUUGAAAAGCUAAAGAAUCAGAAUUCCUUCAUGGUGUGAAAAGUUGUAAACAAUUGCACAUGGUUUUGAGUACAGGAACUAUUAAACUGAUGCCCAGUCUUAACACUUUUGAGCUGCAUUUGAGUAGACUUUGGACCGUUGAGCUGGGCAGAAAAAAAAGUUGACAUGGGGAAGGGGACAGGAGGGAGUCAAAUUCAGGGGAAAGAUACAAGAAUGAUUUGUAAAACCCUUGAAAUGUAGAUUUCUUGUAGAUGUAUUCUUCACGUUGUAAAUAUAUUUUGUAGAGUGAAGCCAUGGGAAGCCAUGUGUAUCAGAGCUUAGACAUCCAAAACUAAUCAAUGCUGAGGUGGCUAAAUACCUAGCCUCUUACAUGUAAACCUGUCUGCAAAAUUAGCUUUCUUUUUUUUUUUUCUUUUUUUUUUCUUUUUUCUUUUUUUUUUUUCUUUUUUUUUUUUUUUUUUUUUUCUAGUUAAUUUAUCAUUCAGAAAAUUUUAAUUUCCUAAAAUUCAAUGCAAGCGCCAGGCGAUUUGUGUCUAAGGCUGCAACAGUUUGGGCAAUGUACAAAAUACCACGAAACAACUGUUUCCACACUUGCACCGAGUCGAGAGCAGUGCUUCUCCAUUUCUGUUUUACAGAGAAAUGUUUUUCAUCUUCUGUGUUCCAUUUCCCCGUGAAAUCCUAAAUCUGAUUUUAUCAGCUUUCUAAUGCUUCUAAUUUUCUCUUUUCUUAAGGCACUGUUGCUAUGGCACUUUUUCUAUAAUCUUUUCAUUCCUGUGUACAGUAGCUUAAAA